AUGAAGUUGCAACCUAUUAACUCUAAUCAUUCCGAUGGUGAUGCUUCUGAUCAAGAAGUCCCCAAUACUGAAGUUAAUUUAGAUGAUGUCCUUACUCAGAAGAUCAAUAGCAUUGAUUCAACUUUGUCCCAACUUUUGAAACUAAUGGAACAACUCAAUAAGAACUUGGAGUCGGGUCGGCCACCUAGCAAAACUAUUGACACUGAAGAUAGUAUGUCGGUAGCUACUGAGUAUCAUGAGCCAGAGGAAACGAUUCCGGUCGGUUCAAGUUCUUUCCUCGCUCAGGUCCAUGAUUUUCCUGAGGUUUCAUUUACCAGUACAGUGGAUGAAGCCAUUAGUGAAUUCCGUACGAUGAAGGAUAUCGCUAAUUACUUUAAACGGUACCAAACUGAGGACGUGGAUAAGUUCGAAACAUCAGAAUUUGUAAGGAAGCCUAAUCCAAUUAACGAGAAAUUGCUUCUUAGGUAUCAUAGGCUUCUUGACAGAAAGCUAAACAAGAGUUAUGAUGAAAGGGAAACCUUGAAGAUGGCAAAAGUUGAAGGAUUACCCUCAAGCGCAAGAGUGAAUAGCGUAAGAUCACUAUUUCACUAUUUGGAAUUACUCCUAUGGCAUAAAUUGAAAUAUUAUGUCCCAGACCAAACCCUUAGAUCAUCACUAGUGUCCGCCGUGGAACGUGUGGAUCAAGAACACAGGGAAGCGCUUAUACAGUUGGUUAAUAAAGCCACGGAAGAAAACCUGAAUAGUCCCACGGUUGGUAUAAAGUGGAAGAUGGUAUUUGAUCAAGUGCAGCGGUACGUUCCAGUAAACUCUGACGAUCCGCUAGGAAGGAUUUGUCAGAGGUUAGAUGAUUGUAUAGAUCUAAAUGUUACAAUGACGAUCAUAAAUGCAGAUGUUCAAGAGUUCAUUGCGUCACAUCAAUUAUCCAAUAAUACCGGAAUAUUGUGGGUUCGUAUUUGGAAAGAGUUAUUCAGAAGAGUCCCCAAUACUAUGGAGACUGCACUUGAAGGGAUUGAUGGGGAGAUCCAAGUUAUAAUUAAACGAACUGGUAACCCAGCGGAGAACACUUCUGAUUCCACGAUGGAAAAGGUGUUCGAACAACAGUUGGAAAGAUACAAUCUGAAAGCUGGAAACCAUGGAAGUUACUUGAAGUUUUGGGAAGUGUUUAGUGAACACUUAAUUGAUGCUUCAACAAUAAUUACCUUUACAGAUGAUGUCAAAAAGAUGAAGAAAACCGACGACACUAUAGGUACCACUACACCUUCAACGUCUCAAAGACUCAACGAUGCGGAUGGAGUUAAGACACUCUCACCCAAAUUUUGUAAUGUAUGUUCCAAAGAACAUUUCUGGCGAACAUGUCCAGAACUCAAGGAAUUGAAGGAUAAUCACUUGCUUAAUUUCCAUGCGGGAGCCUAUCAUGAUAAAUAUGGUAACCCACUACCCUUAGAAAGAGGCGAAGCCAUUCUACAUUUAGAGAGAGAGGAGAUUAAGAAGAGGAAAUGUAGAGGUGGUGAAGUCGAUGUUAAAGAAGAGAAUGAAGAUGAAGAUGAAGAUGAAGAUGUUGACCCAGAUUAUAAACCUUCAGACGAUGAUGCUGAUGGUGGAGAUAUGGAUUUUAGGACUAGUAAACGGAGAAUGGACAGGGGGAGCAGAAGCUAUAUGUUGAUGUCUAGAGCCGGUGUUAAUGAUGGUAACGAUGAAACUGAUAUUAGGUCUGGUAAGAUACAGUCCGAUAAAGAUGAUGAUAAGUUGAAUAUUGGUACUGAUACCAAUGCCCCGAUAAUGAUAAAUGCUACCAAAGUCGCUCAAGACGUUAGCGAUUCUGGUUUGGAAUAG